GUCGAUUUCUAAGUUCCUUUCCCUUUAGCCUGCAUUCCUCACUUGCAUUUGCGCAAGUUUUGAGAUCAAACAGAGUAGGUAUCUGAUCUAAGACUAGAGUAUCUCUCCUGGCAGGUCUGAGGACGACUCUUCGAGCGCCCCGCCUGAAGGAGCAUUUCAAUCAGGCAUGCCUCAGGUUUUCUCGUCAGGAGCCGCAGAUCCUGCUUCCUUUUGAGACAGGAGGACGUGCCCAGGUCAAAGCAGAGCAAACCCAAAUGAGGCGGGCAAGCACGCUCUUUCACCAGCUCAGAAACUUGGGCAAGGAGACCUGCAGUGAAACCCCGCUGGGAGCAACCGUUACCGGUUGUGGCCAUGGUUACCGCACUGUCAUACAGGGGCUGCAUAACCAUGUAGAAACAAAUGCCGCAGCUGCUGGAUCAAGCUGCGGUGAUUGGUUGGCUCCUCCCAAUCCUCACGAGUGCGUGGACUCUGAAGCUGAUGUAAGGCCCCGUUUGUUGGGGCGGGACUCCGAUUGCAAUGCCGACACGCCUAGUCCCUUUUGGCCAAGUGGCGCCAUUGCCGAAAGCAGUCCCCACCUGCACCACUCACCCAUCGGUCCUCUUCCGACCUCAGAAACACCACUCAGCAGCAGUUGGUCCCCUGCCCGCCCCUCAGCCAAACUUCCAGGGGCACCUCUGAAGCUACCACUACAGCAGAGUGUGUUUGGCUUUCAGCAGUCGUUACCUGUCCGGAAGCAGUGGGAUCACAAGCGACACCAUAGCUGGUGCAGUCAUGAUGGCAGGGGCUAUAGCAGCAGAGCAGUCGACAUGGUCCAGCGGGAACAUGAUGACAAUGACACGAUCACGGUCAGCUCCACCGAGCACGAGAAGCGGUGCGGCAUGUGCCUGAAAGUGCGCCGCCUGCGCGAGUUUCAGCCCCAGCGCUCGAGUCCCGACGGUGUCCAUUACUGGUGCCGCGGGUGCGCUGCACAGCUCUCCCGCGCGCGGCGAGGCCUUGCGGCGGGCGUCGUCGCAGGCCAGGCCCACUGCCCUUGCUGCGGCGAGGUCAAAGACAGGGCCCUCUUUGGGCUGGAAUCGCGGCAACGCUCCGGCCUGCAGAAGAUCUGCCGAGCGUGCGUCGCUGAAGAUUACCAAACGCGGCCGAACGUGACGGGGCGGUCGGAGAGGAAAUGGCCGGUGUGGGCGCAGGAGCGCCGACCGAUGGUCAUCACGCUGCGGCGGAAAGAGGGGCUUUGGGUGCCGACCGAAAAAGUGUGUCUGACGUGCGGGGAAUUGAAAAGUGCGGGGGAGUAUUUUUCGGAUCCGACGAAGAUGGACGGCUUGAGGCAGUACUGCAAACCGUGCUGGUGCAGGAAACACUCGGUUCACCCGUCGAGACGAGUCAAGCGUCCCAAGCACCCGGAGGCACCGGUUAUCCCGAGUGUGAUGAUGGACGAGGUCCGGGCUGCCUUCCGGUGGCUUGUCGGAGACGAACAAAAGAUGCCCGAUGCGGCGCGAAGAGAGACGGAACGUCAGAAGAGUCUGCAAAGUACUUCUAGGGGGGCCGAAUAGAUUGUUCAAGUCGAGGGUUCUGGUUUGGAUGGGCUGAGACGGAGACCGUUGUAUUAACGUGCAAUAAGAGAUCAUUUGCACAAUCUCGAAGGGGAUAAAGUAGUCGCGGAAGUCUAGUUAAGAGUGAUGACUGACCGAAAGUGUAAAGUAGAUUUACGGUGUGCCGGCCCGUGGGCCCGUACUGAGAUGACGGUAGCAAGGUAGAUCUAGACAUGAUGCAAAAAUUAGAUGUUAGCUAGCACGGCCGCCACGGAAAACAAGCAGGCCCGGAGCUAGCAGGCAACUCGGAGUUACUCGCUCUUAAUGAUUCGAGCCGCCGGACCAUACAUGUAAACAAUGCCAACCAUUGUGGCUUGGCAGCCUCCGCUGGCCCAGCUUAAAUCAUUCCUGAUGAGCCG